AUGACACCUCCCAUAACGAGCAAUUCCAACAGCACGCAAUUCACACAGCCGGCUGAAUGCUACAACUCGCGCGAUGCGGUCUCUGCCAUGCCCGCCAAUAUCGACUAUUAUAAUCAGGUCCCGCUGUACCAGACAAAAAACAACCACAGAGAUAUGAAGGCUGUUUUGCAGUCCUGCUGUUCGAAUGGAGUAUGGAUUACUGAAGAUCCGGACCCUUGUACGGCGGUCUGUGAUUCGACGACUUCGGCCGAGGCGAGGAAAGUCAUGUACUGCUUGAAUGCUCAACAGGUUGUACAUGGAACCAAACUGGAGAAGAAUUCGGGGGCAAUCAGGCGUCCGGCUGUGGGCUGGGUGUCUUUGAUGAUCGGCGCAAUGCUUCUGUCAGGGAUGUUUACUUGA